CGGGAAGCAGCCAGCCGCCCUUUCGCGAACUCGAUUGGCACGCGCAAGGAGCAAGCGGUAUAUCGCAGGAGCAAGAAACCUGAACUUGACUAAACGAUGGCUCCGAAUCCCGCGAUAUCCCAUCUACAUCUGCCCGGUUUAGUGGGCUUCCCCGACGGGGGCGAUGUUAUGCUCCUGUCCGUGACGACGUUAACUUCCGGAAGUUCGUUGCCGUUCCGAGUCGUUCUACUGGCAGCUCCGCUCUGGAACGGUGUCCCAUGUGCUUAUCGCUCGCGUAUCAUCCAGUCAUUGUGGAACGGUACUAACCUAUCGCCAGCCUCUUAGGAGCUGACCAAAUUGCUAUCACGUCUUCAUGACCGCUCCAGAAAUAGCCAGGAACCCACCGCGUGGCAAGAUCCUGUUAUACGUUAGUGCGACUCGUGUGAUACUUCUGGGGCAUUUAUAUUGUGGCUGAGAGACGCUCCAUUUGCGCCUCGGAGUUUUCGUUGCCCCUCUUUGCGACUCCUUCUGCCUCGUCCAGCAUUUUCGGAGACCAAUGGCGUUUGCGUCCCCCGCCAAUAUUGCCUUGGAAGGACAUGAUCCUAAAGCCCCCACACAGCUCACUCUUGCAGAGGAAGAGAAACAGUAUUCGUCGGAGGCCGCGACUGAAGAAAAGGACCAAGGGUACAACCACGUCACGGAUGCCGAGAAGAGCUCCACAGAUGACGCGCGGUUUGCCGGACUGUCUGAGCACGAAAAGGAACUGCUCACCGCCAGGCGUGCGCUCCGCACUGCGAGCUGGGCAGCAGUCUUCUACCUCAUUACGACCGACAUCCUUGGCCCAUACAACGCCGCCUAUUCCAUCUCCCAACUCGGCUACGUCCCAGGUGUGCUCCUUUAUUUCUUCAUGGGUGUGGUUGCCUGCUACACCGGUCUCAUCCUUUGGUACCUUUUCUGCCGGCUUGAUUCGGAUCGUUUCCCAAUCAAGACUUACUCCGACAUAGCACAACGUAUAUUCGGCGGUUGGGCCCGACAUAUAUGCACUGUUCUUCAAUCGAUCCAACUUAUAAUCAAUGUCGGCACAAUUUGCCUGUCCAACGGUCAAUCACUCUCACAAAUUGUUGUUGGUGGGGGCGCGCAACUCUGCUUCAGCGUUUGCAUCGUGAUCUGGGCCAUCAUCGGUAUGCUCAUUGGACAGAUUCGGACACUGAAGAAUUUCGGCUGGUUGGCUAAUUCCGCCGUUUUCCUCAAUCUCUCUGUCAUUUUCAUUUCCAUGGGAUUUGUCGCGCAUUCGCCUCCCAACUACGUUGCAGCGGUAAACUCCUACGGUCCUAUUGUAGCAUCUGGCCCAGUUCAGACCGCAACGUUUGUCGACCAGACGCUGUACAACAAGGUCAACGGCGUCAUGAACAUGGUCUUCGCCUACGGAGGUGCCAUGAUAUUCCCCGAGUUCAUGGCCGAAAUGCGCCGCCCGAUGGACUUCUGGAAGGCCAUGUGCUGCGCUCAGGCGCUCAUCUUUUCCUGCUAUAUGCUCUACGGAGUGUUCGUCUACACUUUCCAGGGCCAGUACACGCUUGGGAUCGCCUACCAAGGCGUGUCCCCGUACGCAUGGCAGACCGUGAACAACGUCAUUGGUCUGAUAUCCGGUAUCAUCGCUGCUGGUCUUUAUGGCAACAUAGGAAUCAAGGUUGCAUACAUUCACAUCAUUGAGGAAUGGUUCCACGGCCCCUCUUUGUUAUCCCGUAGAGGCUACUUCAUCUGGGCGAUCAUGGUUUUCCUGUACUGGGCGCUCGCGUUCAUCAUCGGGUCUGCAAUUCCGCAAGUGCAGACCAUCUCCGGCCUCGUCGCCGCCACCUGCAUCAUGCAAUUCACAUACACAUUCCCUCCGGCAUUGCUUUGCGGGUAUCAUGUCCUGGUGGAUGGGUACGGUUUCGAGAAUAGUUGGGGUGAGGGAGGUGCCGCCGAAUUCUCUUGGCGUCGGGCUUUUCUCGGCGGGAACUGGAAGCGCAAGCUGUUCAAGCUGUUCAACUUCUGCCUCUUCCUUGCUGCUGCGUCGUGUGCCUGUUUGGGUAUGUAUGGCUCAGGUACCGCCAUCUAUGCUAUCUUCCAGGUCAGCAACGCGACGUCCUUUGGUUGUGGAUCCCCGGUCGCAUAG